AUGUUUAACUGUAGUUACGACGGUUGUUCGGACGACUCAUCGUCAACCGAAGAUUCUUGUAUUGAGAUUGAUGUAGAACGUGCAGAUGAAUUUGAAAAAAAGAUGAUGUACGAAUUACAGUCAGAUAUUUGCUCAUAUUCCAAACAGUACCUCAGUCCGGAGGAAACUGACACAGAUCCUGCGAAUGCUAAAGCAUCUGCGGAAAACGACCUCUUUUAUGAUUCUGAUGAGGAUAAGAUCAAUGCGGAAUUCGCAAAGCAUUUGCAAAAAGUCAGUCAAGGUGGUGAACUCGGUGAUGGUAAAACGGAUGCCGUUCUUAACUGUCCGGGAUGCAUGAGUCUCCUCUGCUUAAAUUGUCAGAGACAUUCCAAAUACAAGACGCAAUACAGAACAAUGUUUACGUUCAAUUGCAAAGUUGUGGGAGACGAAGUCCUUCACCCCCAGCCAAACAGUCAUGAUACGAACGCCGAGGGGAACUUGGAUGAACAGAGUGUCUUCAGGCGGGUCCUGUGUGAAAUCUGUGACACUCCUGUUGGCCUGCUAGAUUCCAGCGGCGUUUACCAUCUCUUUGGAGUGCUGGCAAGUCAUAGCUAA